AGCAGUCACUGACAUCUUGAUUUUAUUCGAUAUUAUUUUCAACCGCUAUGAAGAAGAUCCACAAACGAUGAGAUGCGAAUUCCUCUUUGUUUUGGUCUUUUAGUUUUCUUUUGGAGGCAGGUGUCUUCCUCCUUCAGUGAUGUAACUGAGAGCGUGGGUAUUUCAGUGGUUGAUGGAUAUUUAGCGGCGUUUGGUGAUUUCAAUGGUGAUAAACAAACUGAUCUUUUCAUCGUGACCGAUGGCGGGAAACAUUUGGAAGUUUUCUUCUGGGAUGACUCUGAUCUGAAAUUCAGAAAAGGAAGAACAGCAAUCUCACCGCCCAGCAGUGAUACAAUUGUGAAUGUCAGCCCUUCAGAUUUUGAUGGUGAUGGGUGCCUUGAUAUUUUGAUCUCUACACAAUCCCAGACUGCUGACAAGACUAUCACAGUGUUUGUGUAUUGGGGGAAUUCACAAACAUUAGAUAACAAUGGUGCUGUACGCUUGGCAAUGAAAGACCAGCCCUUAGUCCUGGAUGCCAAUGGUGACCUUUUACCUGACCUUUUUGGUACAGAUGAAAGUUCCUCACUCCGGUCAUACUGGAUUUCAAAAGGAUCAAACAGAAGCUUUGAUGUACAGGCACAGACCAAUUCCAGCAGCAAGUUAGCUCCUGUAAAAGUACCACACUCAAAUGCAUUCUUAGAUCUUAGUGGAGAUUUCACUGCAGAUCUAUAUGUUACCAAUGAGGACAAUAACGGUGAAGUCUGGAUAAAUAAAGAAGGCAUUCUUGUGCAGCCAUCUGAAUCAGAAAUGAUCAGGCCUCCAAAAAUAACAAAGAAAAUAAAACAUGUUGGCCAGUCAACAUUUGCUGACAUUGAUGGAGAUGGAAAUAUUGACCUCCUGUUACCAGUGUGUACCACUGACUACUGUGAAGAAAGUCACAUUUAUGUGUACAUGUACUCUAGUGGUCAGUGGACUAAGAUGUUAUCCAAUGAUAAGAAGCCUACCACGUGGCAGUUUAUUUCACCAUCAAAUCAGACUUCAUCCUUGUUUCCACUAAUGACCAUCAGAACAGGUGACUACAACAUGGACACUUUCAGUGAUGCGAUUGUAGUGUUGAAUGUCAGGGAUCCAGGAGACAAACAUUUCAAGAGAGUUGCAGCCUUAUUGGAGAACAUUCCAUGCCCAAGUAUGGAUGAGCCCUGUUUCAAUAGGCGCACCUUUGAUGUUCAGUGGCAGGAGUUGCCAAAUUUAGAGCCAGCUGUAUUAGCGACGUUUUUUGAUCUGUACGAAAAUGUAAGUACGUGUUUUACUUAAACAACAUAUAUAAUGGUUUAUAUAAUACGUCAAAUUGUUUUCGCAUUUUGAUUGGCUCUUACUUAUAAUCUUUAUCUAUUGGAGGACAGACGUGCAGAUGACGUCAAUAACAUUUUUUGUCUCUCUAUUACAUAAAACAGAGAUUCCAUGUUGCCGUGUCUCUGUUCAGUAAUAGAUCACAGAUGACGUCAAUAUGUGCUAAGAGCAUCAGUGACACAGUCGCCUAGCGGCUUGUGUGCCAGGUUUCUCUUUUUGUUUCUUUUUUUGCAAUACUACACUUUAUUUUCAAUUUCACAAAACUAAACUUCCUUAUAUCACAAGCAUUACGUACAAAUUACAAUAACAAUCAUUAUUGCUUACAAUACUAACAAUAUAACAACUUUUUUAACACGAUCUAAUUCUAAAUAACAACAAUAUCACUAAUAAGGACAAAACUAAAAAUGAUACAACUAACAGAUACAAUACUACUACUGCUACUAAUACAUUAUUCUAACAACUGACAAAAGUAAAUAUGCAAUAAAAACAAAAGAGAAGGGAAGAGAAGCGAAAAUAAUAUAUUGGGCCAUGAAAUACUUAAUUAAAACUGUUCAAAUGAAAAGGAGAACCUAAAUAUCAUUCCAUUAAAUUGCUUGUUUAAACAAAAGUUCAAAGGAGAGAUCAGGGAAUAAAAUGACUGGAGUAUUUUGUGCCACCUCUGUUGGAAUGCGUUUUGUGUUCCCGUAAUAAUCGAAACGUGUUUUUCUAUUUUUAAAUUGCAUCUAACCUGAUUAACUUAUUCCAUUGAGAAUGUUCAAACAUUAUUGUACUUACAGGAGUAAAUGUAAUAUCUACCAA